AUGCCUCCAGGCGCCCCUCCCGCUGCGGCGGCUCAAGCCCAGGCUGAAGGCGGAAUGAGCCCCAUGGUCAAGUCCCUAGUCCAAGGCCUCGCCAUCUUCUUCGGCAUGCAAUUCGUUAUGUCCAAAGUAAUGGGCCCCAAGACCCCCGCCGCAGAAGUAACAACCACCGACGCGACAGGCGCCGUCGUCACCCUCCCCAACACGGCCGAAAUCCCACCCUUCCUCUCGCGGCCAUCUGUUCUCGACGAAAAUGCCGUGUACAACCCCGUCGCUCAGCGCGUAGCACCUAUGUGGCCAUUGAACAGCCCCCUCGACAUCACCGUCGUCAUUUCUCCCACGCUCGUCAGGAAGCCGAUCGCGACAGCGGCGAAGGAGAGGGUCGUGGUGAACGAGAAGGCUUUUGUGCUGGGAGAUUGGGAGGAGAAGAGGAGCAUUAGUACGAGCUUCGAGGUGCCGCGCGAGGUGCAGAAUAACGGGACGCUGUGGGCGCAUAUCUACGUGGGUUUGGAGGGGGCGAGUCUGGAUCCGGCGGUGCAGGGGUAUGAUCCGGCGCGGGCGUACCAUUUCGUGAGGCCCUUGACGCAGUACAUUACGCAGAAGAAGGUGAAGAAGGUGAAGAAUCUGCUGGCUACAGAGGAGACCGAGGAGGAGGAAGAGGAGAUCCCCACGGGCCCCAUCGUCAAUUCCCACUACCACCCCAACUUCACGCUCUCAUUUAUCCCGGAUACUGGAAUCAUGAAUUAUCCGACUUUGGCCCCGGCUGCGAGACAGUACGUGCACCUCGAAGCUACAGGAGCUCGUGAUGGCAGCGGACAGAAUGGAUGGUACUAUCCUGUGCUUUUCGUCAACACGUUCUGGCAACUCAAGAGCCAAUUGAUGCCCGUCAAUGACACGGUCAAGAGACUUCCCAUUCACAUCGAUCUCAAUCAUCAGGCCAAUUGGAAAUUCAGCCUCAUUGCCAAUAUUGACGAGAAUAUGAAGCAGACUGCCAGAAACGCUGCCCGGGGCCAGUCUAUGAAUGGCGACGGAAGCGAAAUUGAGAUGAUCAAGGAAGUACUUCUUGAUACCAAUAUAUAUCUCCUCGCGACAACGAUUGUUGUCAGUGUUUUCCACAUGAUCUUCGAGAUGCUGGCUUUCAAGUCCGAUAUCUCGCACUACCGCAACAAGAAGAACAACAUCGGCAUUUCCGUUCGCUCUAUUCUUGGAAAUGUCUUCAUGCAAGCCGUCAUCUUCCUCUACCUGCUGGACAACAACGAAAAUACCAGUUGGAUGAUCCUCUUCUCCCAGGGAAUGGGCAUUCUCCUCGAGUUCUGGAAGAUCACCACCGUCGUCAACGUUCGUGUUCGCCCUGCUCCCGACUCUUUAAUCCCCUACAGAAUCGCCUUCGAGGACAAACACGUGCUCUCCGAAACCGAAGAGAAAACCAAGGAAUACGAUGCCGUAGCCUUCAAGUACUUGUAUAUGAUCGCCGCUCCGUUACUAGUGGCCUACGCUGCCUACUCUCUCAAAUAUGAGUCCCACAAAUCCUGGUAUUCUUUCGUCAUCGCCACUCUCGUUGGCUCCGUCUACGCUUACGGGUUCUUGAUGAUGGUGCCGUCCUUGUACAUCAACUACCGCCUGAAGAGUGUGGCGCAUAUGCCAGCCAGGGCCAUGACGUACAAGUUCCUGAACACUUUCAUCGACGAUCUCUUUGCAUUUACCAUCAAGAUGCCGACGCUGCAUAGGAUUGCGACGCUGAGAGACGAUGUCAUCUUCUUUGUGUAUAUAUACCAGAGUUACCAGUACAAGGUCGACUUCACCCGAGUCAACGAGUUCGGACAGGGAGGUGACGAGGAGGAGCUGGAGGAGAAGACGGCGAACAAGCCGCUCAGUGCGCCUGCGGGCGCAGAUGCCAGCGUGGCUGUCGCGACCGAGGGGAAGGACAAGGCGGAAAAGGCUUUGGAUGAUGUUGUUGCCAAGGCGUCGGGAAGCUCGAAGAAAGGUGGUGCGUCAAAGAGAAAAUGA